AUGUUAUCUUGUUGCAAUUGCAAUACAUUCAUAUUCUCUUUCCCUGUAAUUACCAUCAACAAACUCAAACAUACACAACACAGACAUAGACAAACCUUGGUCGUAGCUUCCAUCCACCACGACAGCCUCCGAGUUCUCGAAUGGGACAAACUCUCCGAUUUGGUCUCUUCCUUCGCCACCACUUCCUUUGGCCGUCACGCCCUCAAGGAUCAAUUAUGGUCCCAGAAUCGAACUUAUGAAGAAAGUCUCAAACUUCUCGAAGAAACCAAUGCCGCAGUUGAGAUGUACAAUCACGGCUCUUGUAGGUUGCAGUUUGGUCAGAUUGAUGCUAUGCUGGUGCAAACUGCAAUUCAAAAUGCACGGAGAACCAUACCGGUAACUGGCUACGAGGCAAGGGCUGUUUUGGCUCUUCUUCAGAGUUCUGAUUCCUUGCAGGGUGAUUUAAAAGCUACAAUUAAGCAAGAUAAAGAUUGGUAUAGUCGUUUCAUGCCUCUUACAGAAGUGAUAAUGGAGUUUGUCGUCAAUCGAUCUUUAGUUAAAGUGAUAGAACGAGUUACUGACGAAGAUGGCUCUAUCAAGGACUCUGCGAGUCCUGAGUUGCAAAAGUCACGUCAACAAGUGCAAGUGCUUGAGAGAAAGGUACAACAGUUAAUGGAAAGCUUAAUCAGAAAUGAAAAGAGUGAAACAUCAAUUCUUGAAGUGAAUAACAUUGAUGGUAGGUGGUGCAUAAGAGUGGAUUCUGGGCAGAAAACAAGUUUUAAGGGUCUAUUGUUAUCUAGUAGUUCAGGAGUAGGAAGUACUGUAGAACCACUUUCUGCUGUUCCCUUAAAUGAUGAGUUGCAGCGAGCAAGAGGUUUGGUUGCAAAGGCCGAAGCAGAUGUGCUCUUGGAAUUAACCAAAAAGAUUCAGCUGGAUGUUGAUGAUAUUGAAAAUAUACUAAACAGUUUGGUUCAACUAGAUGUGAUUAAUGCGCGUGCUACAUAUGGUCUUUCAUUUGGGGGAUCAAAUCCUCAUAUAUUUUUGCCUGAUAGGAAUAGCUCUUCUACUGCUCAAUCCUUAACAAAAAAUGACAAUUCCAAUGGACCGAUACCCAACAAUAGGGAAUGGAUAUUGCAUCUUCCCAAAGCUUAUCAUCCUUUAUUGCUCCAGAGUCACAGGGAAAAUUCUAAGACGGCCAAAGAAGACGUUGCUACUUCAGUUGCUGCUCUGGACAAAGGCCAACCACAGCCGGUACCGGUUGACUUUUUGGUAUCUAAUAAAACUCGUGUGAUAGUUAUAACUGGCCCUAAUACUGGUGGUAAAACAAUAUGUUUGAAGACUGUAGGAUUGGCUGCUAUGAUGGCAAAAUCAGGUCUCUAUGUUCUUGCUUCUGAAUCUGUACAAAUUCCUUGGUUUGAUUCUGUUUUUGCUGACAUUGGUGAUGAACAGUCCUUAUCACAGUCUCUGUCUACGUUCUCCGGUCACCUGAAACAGAUAAGUAAUAUUAAAUUACAGUCAACAAGACAGUCACUGGUGCUUCUAGAUGAGGUCGGUGCAGGAACAAAUCCCCUUGAAGGAGCAGCACUAGGAAUGUCAAUAUUGGAAUCUUUUGCCCAAGACGGUUGUUUAUUGACAAUAGCAACGACUCAUCACGGUGAACUUAAAACCCUAAAAUACAGUAAUGACGCCUUUGAAAACGCAUGCAUGGAGUUUGAUGAAGUAAAUUUGAAGCCAACUUACAAAGUUCUUUGGGGCAUACCCGGGCGCUCAAAUGCAAUCAAUAUAGCUGAGAGGCUGGGACUACCAUCUGUUGUUAUAGAUACUGCUCGUAAGUUAUACGGUUCUUCUAGUGCAGAGAUUGACGAGGUAAUUACUGAUAUGGAGAAGUUAAAACAAGAUUACCACCGGCGAUUAACUGAAGCACAUUAUUAUCUGCAACAAUCCAGAAGACUUCACAGUAGUCUAUUGAAAACCAGAAAGAAGAUCACGGAACAUAGUACAAGUCUAAGACUUAAAAAGCUUAGAGAUGUAUCUGCGUCUGCAGCGAUGGCAAGAUCCAUUCUUCACAAGAACGUCAGGGAGCUGGGUGCAUCAGCUAAGAAAAUUUCACAGCACAAUAAAGCCAUUAAGAGCUCUCCUGUAUCAACAACUAACGACCUCCAUACUGCAUCAGAUAAUAACAAAUCUACUCUUACAGAUAGAAAUCCAUCCGAUGUAAAAAAAAUUGAAAAAUCGUCAAAAGAUAGGUUUGCUGUUCCUAAAGUUGGUGAUACAGUGCAUGUUUCUGCCCUUGGGAAAAAAAUGACCGUUUUAAAAGUGGAUUCAUCCAAAGGAGAAGUUGAAGUUCAAGCUGGAAUCAUGAAGUUGAAGCUAAAAGUAACUGACAUUCAAAGAUUGUAG